AUAAAUCAUACUAUAUAUAAUUCACGAUUUAAUCUUAUUGCCAUUACGAGGAAAAAUGAUGGAGUCUAAAGAUGCAACGCUUGCUUUACCCCUUCCUUCUCAGUUAGACAAAUGGACAAGUUUUGAUGUUUUCAGAUAUUUCAAAAGCAAGGCCAUCGCAUUAUCAAUUCUUGAUAAAGAACUAAACAUUUUUAUUGACGAACGUAUUACAGGAAAACAUUUAAUUGAAAUCACAAUACAUAUUCUUAGAUUAGCUGGAUUCACUAUUGGUUCUUCAAUGAAUAUUAUGGUCGAGAUUAAUUUAUUGAAGAACGAAUACUACAUUUCUUUAUCGAAUAGGACGAACGUAUCAGAGUCAGUCACUGAUAUUACAGAAAUUGAUUACUUGAAGAAAAUCCUUGGAGUGGUCGAAAAUAUUUUGGAACAUAUUUCGUUGUAAUUGAAUAACAUUUAUCCUUUUAAGGAUUUUCUUAGUCUUCCGAUUAUUGUUUUCGAAAGGAUCAAAACUAUUGUAGAAG